GCAGCAGACACCGAGGGCUGCGAAUGGGAGUUACAGUGCGGCAGCGAGCGCAGCGGGGGACGGCGGUUUAAAAAAAAAAAACACGAUCAUCUCAACUCAUGGAGACAGCGGCUUUUCCUCACUGAUACUUCACAACAUGGAGGAGUUUUUACUGCGUACCAGGUCCGCGCUGGUGUCAGAGUCUCUGUGGUCCAGUGUCCAUGGGGUCCUGGGUGGAGGAGAGGCCGACGUCACCUGCGUGGCUUCAACACUGGGCUACGCCUAUUACCUCAGCCAGAAGGAGCCGGCAGACUGUGUGUGUGUGCCGUUGCUGGGGCAGCGUGGAGGUGAAGCUCGUGUCCCGGACGAGACGCGGAACUUCCUGCAGCGGCUGGGCGUGUCCGAAUCCUCCCUGCUCUGGAGGGACGACAUCGACCUGCUGCAGCUCCACGCCGCAGGGAAGCUCUCCCUCACCCUGCUCAACAGUAAGGAGGAUGGGGCCCUCUCAUCCAGCGUUGUCAGAGUGAUCAAUCGCUCAGAGCGCCGGGGAGGCGGGUUGGGGGCGUCGUCGACGGCGAUGGUCGCCAGGGAGAUUCUUCAAGAGGCACCAGAGCAGCUCACUCCACCGCUGGCUGAGCUCCUGAGAGUGGCUUUAAUGCUGGAGUCAGCCAAGACCCCCUCCCAAGAUGGCCACCCCCUGCCGGACCACGAAGAGCUCCUCAGAGCCCUGGUGGACAGCUGCCCCUCCCAUUGUGAUGUCAUACAGAAUGCCCCUGCCCAACAGGAGGGGCUGCAAGGUUCAAGCCUGGAUCAGAUGUUGUUGAAAGAGCUGAAGGAACUCUCUGAUGGAGACAUCAAAGUGUCUGUGAGCACAGUGUCAGUGGACCUGGAGGCCUACAGUACCUGCCUGGCCGUGGUUGGGGAUCUGAAGUUGUUCUGUGAUCGCCAUGGUUAUGAGGGGCUUGUCAUCCUCUCCUCUGCCCCGAACGACCCUUACCGGCAGUGCCAGCAGGUGGCAGUGUUCUCCGUGAACAAAGACAUUCUGAACCAGAUUUGCUGUGAGCUAGAGGAGGGGCAGGGCUGGAGUUUGGGUCUGGAGCCCCUGGCGUGCGUCCUGGAGGAGAUCCAGCUGUACGGCCAGCGCGACACGCCCGUAUACGCCGAGCAGAUCCUCGCGCUCCUCAAAGACUUCCUGGACCGCCGGCAGCAGCUGUUCCUGCCCAACAGCAGGACGUCCUCCACAGAGGGCGUGGCCGGCAGCGCCCCCCUGUCCCAGGGCUCGUCGGGGAUCACAGACAUGUACAGCUCGGACGCCGAGCCCCCCAACGUUGCUGAGAACGUCCCGGAGCCCAGCGGCGCCCCCCAGGGGUCGGAGCUGGUCAGCCCCGACAGCGGGCUGGCCACCGUCCGCAGCAGCCGUUCCUCCAAGGAGAGCUCGGUGUUCCUCAGUGACGACAGCCCCGUCGCCGAGCCGGCCGGGUUCCUCCACAACCCCGCCCUCGGCUUCCCCUCCCACUGCCAUGACCCUCCCGCCUCACCCGCCCCCCAUGACCGCCGACCCCCCGGCCGCAACAAGAGCGAUAACUUUGACCUGUUUGCCUUCGACCCCCUGCACAGCAGCAGCACCUCCCCUGCGGCAGGGGGCGCCAGUGAGUGCAGCCGGAGCUCUGGGGAGCACCCCACCUCCAGCCUGUCUGAGUUUGGGGAGCUCAGCCUGGUGGACUUCUACACGGGCUCCUCCGACAGGCAGAGCGGCAGCGAGGGAAGCUUCGUCCUGGAAGGGGGGUUCCUCUCUCCUGGUCCAGACGCACUCCUCAUCGACAGCGCCCACGGCAGACUCCCGGCCACACCUGCCAACAGCCUGGUUGAUGGAAGGGCAGGGGGUGCAGGGGGUGAGACCAUCCCCACAUUCUUCCCAGAAGACGUGGCGGAGAAGAUUGGCCAAAUGGUGAACAAGGAGAGCGUGUCAUCCUCCGAGCCCUGGGACGACUUCACCUCUGACACCAAGGGCUCGACCUCAGAUGACACCAAUGCAUGGAGCCUGACAGAGUUGUCCUACGUUGGCCAGGAGAGUCCGGACGUCUACCUGGAUGAGCAGGUAGGUUCAAUGGACCCCGGGCAAGGGGGAGGAGAUGAUGACUCCUUCCUGUUAGUCAGCAUGGAUUCUGGGGCCAUGCCCCAAAAAGCAACUGACACGUUUUUCAGGGAUACAGUUGUCCCCAAAGCCAUGCUCAAUGAUGCCAUCCCUGCUGGGACUCACCUGGGGCAGGUACCUCAUCAAGUGUCACAUGCUGCGGGUGAGAUCCAGGAAGAUACAGGUGCUCACCUGAAUGGCUCACGGCCUGAACCCUCUGAGUUCCUAAAAUCUUUGGGUUAUGCUGACAAAACAAAAGAAGACAGCAUCGAUGAAAUGUCAGAUGUGAUGAGGCACCUCGACCCCUUUAAUACCCGUGAGAUCCAGAAGCAUCCAGAGGACCCAGAGAUUAUUGACGUACCACCUGCCUCCCCAAAUCAGGAGCCUGAAAGUGUACCUUCUUCACUCGGUGCAGAGGUGUUGGAAAAACAGGUAGAAGAGACUGACAGAGUGUUCUACCAUCAAAACACUGGCUAUCAGUUGUCUGCAGGUGUGGAACUUUCUGCUGUGGAUGACAUAGUCUGGAAAACACAGCAGGUGGAGCCAGGUGAGAAUGCAGAGCCAUUGGAAGAUGAAGAGGGAGGCUUGUGCCGAAUGGAUGAGCAUCACGUGCCUGUCAAACAAGAGAACCUUGAAAAGGAGAGCAGUCUGGCUGAACGCUCAUCUUUGCCUGCUGAACCCUGUGACCGCAGAGAUGUACAGAUGACCACACUGUUGGAAACAGGUUGCAAGCAGGAGCUCAAGGAUGUUUCCCAUGCUGGGACGAUCUUAUCCAACGUUUCCGAGACACGUCCACCAGCAUUUCCGGUGAACGGCAUUGAGGUCGUGGUGGAAGCUGCUACAGAAAAUGCCAAAGAGUACCACUUUCAAGAGUUGGGCCCAAGCCCUGACAGUGCCCACAUGUGGAACCCUUUUGUGCAGAUGACCCAGCCAGCUGAAACCUAUGACAACUGGAACCCAAACCUGCCUGUCUCGGGUGAGUGGAACCCCGGAAUGCUGGGGGACCUCCAGCUGACCCCUCCCGAGGAGGACACACCCUUCAAACCCCCCCCUGUGGGGGAACCCCUUCCUCUGAAAACCCCUGCCAGGCUGGUCCAAAAGGUCCCGCUCACCCCCGAGACCUCAAAGGAGGAUACGUCCCCAGAACAGGACUUCUGGAGCUACUCCGCUCAGAGGGGGUUCCUGAAGGCAAAUGCUGCCCCUUACCCGGAAUCCCUUGCGUUGUGGAAUACCACCAUCCGGGAUGACAGCCAGUCCACCCUCAGCACCCCCGAUGGUGCUGACUCCUCCGAACGCUCAGACUCGUUUCGGGGUCUUCCCAGGGCCGGGGCUUCCCUAGACAGCCCAGGGGAGGUUGCCAGGGAGAGCAUGGGCAUGUGGAACACCACCAUCCAGGAGGCCAGCCCUGAGAGUGGGGUACAGGCCCCCCGCGAGACAGCCAGGUCGACCAAGGAGGAGGAGCUCAACACUGAGACAGGGCACACUGAGCCAGAUGAGUCAGAUGACACUCAAGUGGCCAGAAAGCUUGAUAAAACACUGGUGAUGAUCAGCGACUAUGGCCAUGACCAGGAUGACAAUGUCAUGACCCGGACUCAUUGCUUUCCAGAACAUCUGUCACUAGAACCUUCUGCUUGGAUCGCUAAGCCUUCGUCUGGGAGCAUGGUGAAGUCUGUCUCGGAGUAUGACAACGUGGGCCCUGGAUCGCUGUGGUACCAAACCUCACCUGAGCUUGAGGCCUGCCAGGAGACGACCGUGACAAUAGAGCCUCAGGAUUCAGUGGAGUUCACGGAGGAGUGCCACCCUGUGGCAGCCCACGGUAGCACAGCAGGGUUUCAGGCCCCAACCAACACCCUCCAGGAUCGCCUGGAUGAUUCCACGGAUGACUCCAGCUGCCAUUCCCCGUUUGUGAUGCUGGGUGUCACACCAACGCUGGGGGGUGCUGCAUUUCCGCUAAGCCAGCAGGAGGACACGCCCCUGUCCGCCUCUCCUUCAGAGGAUGAGUUUCCCCAAACGACGCGCAAGCAGCACGAUGAUGAGACAGUGCUCUCCAGCACCCUUUCUGAUGAAGACAGAUAUUAUGACUUUUCCUCCCUGGGGAGGUUGGAGGCAAAGCUGCCAAGGAAAGAAGCUGAGCAUGAGGGAGCUGUGGACCUCCAGCACGAGGCGGGACUAACGCCAGACUCUGCUCUGUCACUGGUAGCUUUGAGUAGCCCAGGCUGGAGGGAAAACGACUCUCUGGAAGGCAGCAAGACCAGCCCUGACGCACUGCAGAGAAGCAGCCGGGAGGACCUGAGGUCCAACUCUGAUGGCGACUCGUCAGGUCUGGAGAUGGAUUACAUCAUGGUUUCAGGCAGGGGGACUGUCAGAGAGGCUGCAGAAAUUAGCCUUAAGUACGAGCAAGCACGCUCACCACACGCAUGCCUUACUAGACUAAAUCAGUACAGUGCUGAUCAGAUCAGCCCUUACCAGUUAAACACUGAUCUGUAUAGCCCUGACCAAUCAGACGAUGAUCACAUCAACUCUGGUCCAUCAAACAUUGAUGCAUACAGACCUUACCAAUCACAUACAGAUGUAAUCAUACAUAACCAGCCAAACACCCAUAUAAAGAGCCCAGAGCAAUCAAGCACUGAUUUUGAAGACCCUUACCAAGCAAACACGGAAUUAAACAGAACCAACCAAUUAAACCAAUGUGCAAUGAGACCUCACCAAUCAAACGCAGAUGCACAUAGACCUUACCAAUUAAACAUUACUUUAAACAGCUUCAACCAAUCAAACACUGAUGCUCUCAACCCUUAUCAAUCAAACACUGAGAUGCAUAGACCUCACCAAUCAAACAAUGAUCUAUCCAGCUCUGACCAAUCUAACACAGAUUUAAUCUGCCCCAACCAGUCACACCCAGAUGCACACAAUACUGACCAAUCAAGCACUAAUGCUACCAACCUUUUCCCAACAAAUACAGAUGUUGUCAGUCCUUAUGAAUCCAGCAGUAAUGUAAUUAGUGCUGAUAAAUCAAGUUCUGAUGCUAACAGUGCCUGUCAAUCUGACACGGAGGACAACAUCCCUGAUCAGCUAAGCCCAGAUGUAAGCAACAUUUACCAGUUAAACAAAAAUCUAAGCAGCCUGUUCCAAUCAAACACAGAUGUAAAUAUCCCUGACCAAACUACUGUGGAAUUAAACAGCUCUGACCAAAUGUACACUGGUGUAGAUCACCAAUCAAGCGAGAGCUUGAACAGCGAAUCAGAGCUGUGUGUACGCACAUCAAAUGCAGCAUCAACAGGGGACAGAAGCAGCCCUCACCAAUCAAUCAGCGAUGCGCACAGUCCUUCCAACUCAAACCCAGAGUUACACAGCAAUUCAGGUGUAAGCAGCCAUUACCAAAGGAUCCCAGAUAUGAGUAGCAGCUCUGCACUAAGGGAGCCCUUUGCUCUCAGAGCCAAAGAGGAGGUUUACGUCCGGUCCCAGAUUUCCCUGGAGGACUCUGACGGGGAGGGGCAAACCCUGGGGGUACUGCAGAGUUGGGGACUGCCGACUGGGGGUGGUCAGGACGAAUCUCCCUCGCCUGAGGACAGCUCGGGCGCAGCCGACACCCCACAGAGCGAUUCGGGGGGUUCGGUAAGGGAAGUGGGCUCGCCGUUUGCCUGUGACCUCACGGAGGACGCAGAAGGGUUCUUCCUACACCACUCUGGGCUACCCUGUGGUGUUGUGGACCACGGCAGAGGCCACAGCCAGGCAGUCCUGAGCUCUGACAGCACUCAGUUACUACUGGGAGCUGAGGAGCCAGUAGGAGGCCAGCUUCUUCAGGACCUGGAGAAAAACACAGCAGAACAACCAAUGGGAGGUCAGCUUCUUCGGGGCCAGGGAAAACACCCAGAAGAACAGCAAAUGAGAGACCAGCUGUGGCCAGGGUUCAUGGAGCACCCAGCAGAACAACCAAUCGGAGACCAGUAUUGGCCAGGGCUGAUGGAGUUCCCAGCAGAACAGCCAACAGGAGAGACAGCAGAGGCUGCAUUAGAAGAAGAGUCGCCUGAGCCAGCUGAGGAGUCUGGGGGUCUGAAGGCUCCAGAAUCCAGUACUAAUAUCAUCGUCAUGGUGAUGGAACCUGACCACGCCCAGGGUGUGUCUCCAAGGUCCAGACUGGAUGAUGGGAUGGACGCCCCAUAUGAAGAGGACACUAUGAGUCCCAAUGGGGCUGAUAACAAACCAGUACCCCCCGCCUCUCUGGACAUCCAUGGGGGGAACCCCCAGAGGAAGAAGCUGUGCGCACCGCCGAUAAACCUGUCCCUGGACCGCAGCGAGGGCUCCAUCCUGUCCGACGACGCGCUGGACACGCCCGACGACCUGGACACCGGCGACGACCUGGACAUCGACGUGGACGAGCUGGACACGCCCGACGAGGCCGAUUCCCUGGAGUACACCGGACACAACUCUGAGCUGGGCUGGGAGGAGUCCCAGGCAGCCGGUCAGGAGGCACCGCUGGAGGUCCAGCCUAUCCCAGAAUACACUGCAGAGGAAGAGCGGCUGGAUGCCCGGCUCUGGAGGACCGUCGUCAUCGGAGAGCAGGAGCACCGGAUCGACAUGCAGAGCAUUGAGCCGUACCAGAAGGUCAUCUCCCACGGAGGUUACUACGAAGACCUCAACGCCAUCAUCGUCUUCGCCGCCUGCUUCCUGCCGGACAGCAGCAAGGACGACUACCACUACGUCAUGGAGAACCUCUUCCUGUAUGUGAUCAGCACACUGGAGCUGAUGGUGGCAGAGGACUACAUGAUCGUGUACCUGAAUGGAGCCACACCCAGGAGGAGAAUGCCCGGACUGCGCUGGCUAAAGAAGUGCUACCACAUGAUAGACAGGAGGCUCAAGAAGAAUCUGAAAUCCUUCAUCAUCGUUCACCCCUCCUGGUUCAUCAGGACCAUCCUGGCAGUCACCAGACCUUUUAUCAGCUCCAAGUUCAGCAGUAAGAUUAAAUAUGUGAACAGCCUAGAUGAGCUCCGACAGAUCAUCCCCAUGGAGUAUGUUCACAUUCCCGAGAGCAUAGUCAAGUACGAAGAGGAAAGGGGUGUUGAACCGUUUGUAUGCGUGAGACUGGAUGAAGAGCUAAAGGAGGCAGCAGAGUCCACGAAGUACAGCAGUUUCCUAAAUGGUGGAGAGACAGCAGCAGGGGCUUCGCACAUCGAUAAGGCGGUCAACGGCUGCAGCUCCUAGAGGCGGCUCCCCCCCCGCCCCGCCCCCCCCCCCCAGACGCGGAGACCACUUGCGUACCAACACUCAAACUUCUCAGCCCUCCGUAGCAUACCCUGGUGCAGUAGAUACGAAGCACCAGCUGUCUGUGAAAAUAUGUUCAGUCAUGAUAAACCACUGUAAAGAUAAUGAUCAUUUCAAACCUACAAUUGCAUAUCUUAAUUUUUAUUUUUAAUUUUUUAAUUUGAAUUGACCUGUGAAUAUAAAAGCAAAUGUGUUUUUUGGUGAACGGAUUCGCGUUGGUUUUGACGUGUCAUAAUCAUUCUAUGAACCAAAAAUUCUGAGUGAAGUAAGCCACACCCAUGACCAUAUGUGGCCUGUUAAUGGACAGUCUGAUUGGAUGAAAGAAUUUUAUUUCUGAAGCGACACACAGGCAUGCUAGUCACUCUUAUCAGCCUAUGCAUAUUUUGUAUAAUGCAUGCUGCGCAAUGCUAUGGUUUGUUGUUUUUAUUCCCCUCGCUUUGGUGAAGCACCAGAGAUCUUCAGUUUUCAGUUGAAUUUUUAAAAAGUUUACGUUUUUCUUAUCUGGUGAAUUGCCGAUUGUUGUUGUAAGAAUCACCAUCUAAAAGCAGUAGCGUAGUCACACUGGGCCUCAUUUGCAAAACUGUUCUAAAAAUUAUUCUUUCUUUUUGUUCUUCAAAUUGUUCCUACAAAAAAAAACAAUGUGUGAUUCAUGACACUUGAUGAUUCAUAUCCCAGGUGUAUGAGAUGAUGAAUGCUGGCUAUUUGUAAAUUUGAUUUGGAUGAGGAAACAGCCGUGAACAAAUACAGAUAAGAAAACAAUUUGGAUGCCAAAACGUUCUUGGAAAUGCUCUUGUACGCAGUUUAAUGAUCGUACACGUUUCCAGAAUGAGGCCCAUUGUGUCCUACAGAAAACCCUGUUUCGAGGAUAUGAAUUCAUCACCUUUCUCAGAAAUGUGUCGGUCUAGGUCAGAGGGAAUGCCUCGUAUGGAAAUACACUUCAUCAGGCAUCACAUUUACAUUUAGAUUGUGACCACUCACACACAUACAGUGCCUGCCAUAGAUGUAGCAGUUUUUUUUGCCAUAGAUGUAGCAGGUUUUUUUGUAGCAACACAGAUGUUAUGAAGGUUUGGCUUUAUUAUGGCCUGGGCAGGUGUCAGUUUUACCUGACAUAGCACAUCCCUUGCACACUUUCCCUAAAAGAGCUUCCGGGUCAUACAGGUCACACAAGUCCACCCCACCCCCCUCUUUUUAGAAAAUGAUUAAUCAACAUCAAUAUAAUACAGAGUUUUAAAAAAUAUAUAAGUGUGAACAGGAACAAACUUUUUUGCCAGGGUUCAGAUAUGCAAGACUUGCGUGUGACUGCAUCUUAAGCUAGUUUGCGCCUUAACGGUAGAGUGAUCGACAGCACAUAGUAGCUCCGCCCAUUUUGCGGGUACAUUGGCCUCGCCGCCAUCGCUGUUUUGAAAGCCCCACCCCCUUCAGACGUUUAGUAAGGAAACUGCGGUGAGUCACAGGGGCUGCGUUCCCAAAACGUUAUAUUUGCGCUCUACCUCGAGCGCACAGGAAGUUAAGCGGUCACGUGAUCAAGCGUGUUCCAAACUCAACGAGGAACGCAAAAAGGCGAGAUUUUACCGGAAGUUCUCUUUGUGUUCUUUUUGGAGGACGAAAAAAAAACGAAGUGCGCUUUCGAAGCAGACUUAUCCAUGCUUUCCCUUCCCAGCAGUUAUUGUGUUUUCUGCUCCGCAUUCGAGGGCGAAUAAUAUUUUUACUCAGCCAAGAAACUUGAGGACAGAAGGCAGGGGGAUAUCGUGUACAAAUGUAAGCAUAUGUUAUUUUACGGAUUUUUGUGGUAUCGAUAUGUUUCGUGCUUAGAAGGUUAGAAGUCAGCAGUGGUAACAUCACAAGUAUGUUUCAAAUUGAAUUGAUUUUAGGCAUUCUUACACUCGAAAAGUGUAGUCCUGUAAGUGUACGUGGAGGUGUGUUCUUACAGUAACACGAGAACGCAGAGCACAAGUAUACUGUUUGGAGCGCAGCCAGGGUGUAGUCCAGCCCAGAGGUGUGCAGUCUUACCCAGAAAGGCCUAGUGUGGUUUACGCCUGGUGCUAAUCAGCUAAUCCUGUUUUUCAUUCAGGACUGAUUACUUGAGCCAGGUGUAUUGGUGACAAGCAACACCUCUACCCUCACCAGGUAUUUUUGGUUUAAAAAAAAAAAAAAAAAAAAAGUGUCAUUCACAUGGGUAUAUUCAAAUUAUGGGGCAUUUAGACAGGCGAAUUCAAAGCAAGGGAAAUAUGAUCUUUGAUAAGAGAUAAAGUAGAACGGCGUCUGACGGGGGUUUUUUUGAGGAGAAGAAAGACACAAAGGAUAUGGUCUUGUGGUGUUACGCAUUAUGUAAAUUAUAGUUAUUGGAGUCUUGGGACUUUUUCCUCAUUGGGGUAAAAAAAAAGUUAAAAAAAAAAAAACACUCUGCUUCCCAUCCCUGCAAUAAUACGUGUGUUAUGAAAGUGUGGAAAAUUCACAGUACCGUCAAAAAUCCAUGGAUUUGAAGUAUAAUUUCUAAUCAGUUGAAUAUAUUUUGAAAACUAUAUUUUAUAAUUGAACGAAAAGGAAAAAAGGUGUGAAAUACAGAAUAAAGAGUGGUGCGUGAGCAUGUUAGAGUUAGAGAGACUCCCUUUACCCUACUGUCUAUUUUGUCUGUCUGCCCGUCUGUCUGUCUUCCUCUAGCCAUCCAAGGUUUAAACAGGAAACUGAUGUCACAAAGGAAGUCCUGUGUAUGAUAUCCUGUAUGCUGAGAUUUAAUGUCUCUUCCUGACUGUACCCCAAUGAUGCUGUCCUGCUCAUUCCGAGGAUUUAUCAUUAUUAGGAAACGUUAUAUGAAUGAUUUCAACAUAUCAGUUCAUAUUUUGCAGUGUAUAGUAUACUCACUAUGAAAUAUAUCAGUUAUUCGCCACUUUCGUAUAUUCAGCUAAAUGCAGUUAUGCAGUAUAUUGUAGCGAUUCCACUUGCUCUGUAAAUAAUAAUCUUUGCUGUAAAAAAAAAAAAAAUUGCUGACAUUUGCGGCACAAGUUGUGGAAAUAUCUAGAUUCUGACACCUGAGUUCCUGAGUUCACAGGAUAGCAACAUUUCAAAUGGACUCAUAGAGUGUAAGCUUAAGUAUGUGCACCACGAAGCUAGCUGGCUCUCAAUUAACUUGGUAUAUACUUACCUAACUACUGCAGCUAGCUGGCUAAUGCCAUACUCGACCUUGCUGAAUAUAGCUUAUUUACUGAGAGAGCUAGCAUCCCAGUAGUUAGCCUGCUAGGUCGAACUACUGUAAAUCACUGAUUAAUCAGACGUGUAGUUGACUAUUAGAGGACUGUUGCCAUGACAACAGGCAUCAGGGGAAGUGACAUCACAUAUUCCUGGCUGUCAUGUAGAAGUCAUAAUUCUCCUUCCCCAGCUCUCUACAAUACUCUGCUGUGUAUGGAUGAGAAUGCAUACGUAAAAAUGGCGCGGAUUCAUGUGAUUUCUAUGUUAUAUAUUUACAGUGUAUUUUUGGCAUAUAUCGAAGAUGCAUUCCUUGCAUUAUGGAUUUUAUAUUUUGACAUGUGUUAAAGGAAAUGGAAGUGGCAAGGCAGGCGUAUGUAUGAUGUCAGAUCUAUACAUUUUGUUUCAAUAAAUGUCCUGUUACUCUGGUG